ACUUCCGCAGCUUCCUCCCCUCAGCAUCGUAGGUCGGAUCACGUGCAGGUCCUGUCACGUGACGUCAGGUCACGUGAGGCCGUUCACGCCCUGGGCAGCUUGGCUGGGGCUAGGCUUCCGGUGCUCUGCAGUCCUCGGCGCGUGCGGGCAGCGUCGGAGCCCACCAAGCCUGGCGGCUGGGAUGAUGAACCGGACCACCCCCGACCAGGAGCUGGUGCCGGCGUCGGAGCCCGUGUGGGAGCGGCCGUGGUCGGUGGAGGAGAUCCGCAGGAGUAGCCAGAGCUGGUCGCUGGCGGCCGACGCGGGCCUACUACAGUUUCUACAGGAAUUUUCACAGCAAACUAUCUCUAGGACCCAUGAAAUCAAGAAACAAGUGGACGGACUAAUUCGGGAAACCAAAGCCACAGAUUGUCGCCUGCAUAAUGUCUUCAAUGACUUCCUUAUGCUCUCUAAUACCCAGUUCAUUGAGAAUCGUGUAUAUGAUGAAGAAGUGGAGGAGCCAGUACUCAAGGCUGAGGCAGAAAAAACAGAGCAGGAGAAGACUCGAGAGCAGAAAGAAGUAGAUCUCAUUCCUAAAGUCCAGGAGGCUGUGAACUAUGGCUUACAAGUAUUGGACAGUGCCUUUGAGCAACUUGAUAUCAAAGCAGGAAACUCAGACUCUGAGGAAGAUGAUGCUAAUGGGCGGGUGGAACUGAUCCUUGAACCAAAGGAUCUAUACAUUGAUCGUCCUUUACCAUAUCUCAUUGGGUCAAAGCUGUUCAUGGAACAAGAAGAUGUAGGUCUUGGAGAGCUGUCCAGUGAAGAAGGCUCUGUAGGCAGUGAUCGUGGCAGUAUUGUGGACACUGAGGAAGAGAAAGAAGAGGAGGAGUCAGACGAAGAUUUUGCCCAUCACAGUGACAAUGAUCAAAACCGGCACACCACACAAAUGAGUGAUGAGGAAGAGGAUGAUGAUGGCUGUGACCUUUUCGCUGACUCUGAGAAGGAGGAGGAAGAUAUUGAGGACAUUGAAGAAAAUACUAGACCUAAAAGAAGCAGGCCUACAUCGUUUGCAGAUGAGCUGGCUGCCCGCAUCAAGGGGGAUACCUUGGGCCGAGUCAACGAGGAGCCCACAACCUUAUCCUCAGGAGAAGCAAAACCUCGGAAGACACUCAAAGAGAAGAAGGAAAGGAGAACUCCUUCAGACGAUGAAGAGGAUAACUUAUUCGCACCCCCCAAGCUGACCGACGAGGACUUCUCGCCAUUUGGCUCUGGAGGCGGCCUGUUCAGUGGGGGCAAGGGGCUCUUUGAUGAUGAGGACGAGGAGAGUGACCUCUUCACGGAAGCCCCGCAGGAUCGGCAAGCUGGAGCCUCUGUUAAGGAGGAGUCUUCAUCAUCCAAACCUGGAAAGAAAAUCCCAGCAGGAGCUGUUUCUGUAUUUUUAGGAGACAUGGAUGUGUUUGGUGCUGCCUCCGUUCCAUCACUGAAGGAGCCACAGAAGCCUGAGCAGCCCACUCCAAGGAAAAGCCCCUACGUUCCCCCUCCCACUGGCCUCUUUGAUGAUGAUGAUGGUGAUGAUGAUGACGACUUUUUCUCGACACCCCGCAGCAAACCUUCCAAAACAGGCAAAGUCCAAUCCACUGCCGAUAUCUUUGGUGACGACGAAGGAGAUCUGUUCAAAGAAAAAGCCGUAGCAUUGCCAGAAGCCACUGUGAGUCAGACAGAUGAAAAUAAAGCAAGAGCAGAAAACAAGGUUACCUUACCUUCCAGCAAAAAUCUCAAGCCCUCGUCAGAAACAAAGACUCAAAAAGGCUUAUUUUCAGAUGAGGAGGACUCUGAGGAUUUGUUUUCUUCUCAAAGUGCGAGUAAGUUAAAAGGUGCAUCUCUGCUGCCUGGCAAGCUCCCCACGUCGGUUUCCCUGUUUGAUGAUGAAGAUGAAGAGGAUAAUCUUUUUGGGGGUACAGCAGCUAAGAAGCAGACAUUGUCUCUACAAGCUCAGAGAGAAGAGAAAGCAAAACCCUCCGAGCUCUCCAAAAAGAAAGCAUCUGCCCUGUUGUUCAGCAGUGAUGAGGAGGACCAGUGGAAUAUUCCUGCUUCACAGACCCACUCAGCAUCUGACAGCAGGUCUAAAGGAGAACCCAGGGAUUCUGGGACCCUCCAGAGCCAGGAGGCCAAGGCUGUGAAAAAGACCAGUCUCUUUGAGGAAGACGAAGAUGAUGAUCUUUUUGCCAUUGCCAAGGACAGCCAAAAGAAGACCCAGAGAGUGUCACUCCUCUUUGAAGACGAUGCUGAUAGCGGAGGCUCUCUGUUUGGCUCUCCUCCCACAUCUGUUCCUCCUGCAACAACGAAAAAAGAGACUGUCUCUGAGGCACCACCUUUGCUGUUCAGCGAUGAAGAAGAGAAGGAGGCACAACUUGGAGUGAAGCCUGUGGAUAAGAAGGUUGAGAGUGCCAAGGAGUCAUUAAAAUUUGGGAGAACUGAUGUGGCUGAGUCAGAAAAGGAAGGACUUUUGACUAGAUCUGCUCAGGAAGCAGUCAAGCAUUCUGAUUUAUUUUCUUCACCAUCCCCAUUGGACAAAGGAACCAAGCCUAGAACCAAAACUGUUCUUAGCUUGUUUGAUGAGGAAGAGGAUAAAAUGGAAGAUCAAAACACUAUCCAGGCUCCACAGAAAGAAGUAGGAAAGGGCCGUGAUCCUGAUGCCCGCCCCAAGAGCACAGGUGUCUUCCAGGAUGAAGAGCUGCUUUUCAGCCACAAGCUCCAAAAGGACAAUGACCCAGAUGUUGACCUUUUUGCUGGCACCAAAAAAACCAAGCUGUUAGAGCCAAGUGUUGGGAGCCUGUUUGGGGAUGAUGAAGAUGAUGAUCUUUUCAGCUCUGCCAAGUCCCAGCCUUUGGUACAAGAGAAAAAGAGAGUAGUGAAAAAAGACCACUCUGUUGACUCUUUCAAAAACCAGAAACAUCCUGAAUCCAUUCAAGGUAGUAAAGAAAAAGGCAUAUGGAAGCCGGAAACACCUCAGGACUCAUCAGGUCUCGCUCCAUUUAAAACCAAAGAACCAUCCACUCGGAUCGGGAAGAUACAAGCAAAUUUAGCGAUCAACCCAGCGGCCUUGCUGCCCACAGCGGCUUCCCAGAUCUCUGAAGUAAAGCCUGUUUUGCCGGAAUUGGCUUUUCCUUCAUCUGAACACAGAAGGAGCCACGGUCUGGAAAGUGUGCCUGUCCUUCCCAGGAGUGGGGAGGCCGGUGUGAGUUUUGAUCUUCCAGCUCAGGCAGACACCUUACACAGUGCAAACAAGAGCCGUGUCAAGAUGAGAGGGAAGCGUAGACCGCAGACCCGUGCAGCUAGGCGGCUGGCUGCUCAGGAGUCCAGCGAGGCUGAGGACAUGAGUGUCCCCAGAGGACCCAUUGCACAGUGGGCUGAUGGCACCAUUUCCCCUAAUGGCCAUCGGCCACAGCUCAGAGCAGCCAGUGGAGAAGACAGCACUGAGGAGGCCCUGGCAGCUGCCGCUGCACCUUGGGAAGGUGGUCCUGUGCCUGGAGUGGACAGAAGCCCCUUUGCAAAGUCUCUGGGUCAUUCCAGAGGGGAGGCUGACCUUUUUGAUUCUGGGGACAUCUUUUCCACGGGCACUGGAUCUCAGUCCGUGGAGAGAACAAAACCCAAGGCAAAGAUAGCAGAGAAUCCUGCCAACCCACCAGUGGGUGGUAAAGCAAAGAGCCCCAUGAUUCUUGCUCUAGGCGAGGCCAGCAGUGAUGAUGAUCUCUUUCAGUCUGCUAAACCAAAACCAGCAAAGAAAACAAAUCCCUUUCCUCUCCUGGAAGAUGAGGAUGACCUCUUUACAGAUCAGAAAGUCAAGAAGAAUGAGACAAAAUCCAAUAGUCAGCAGGAUGUCGUAUCAACAACACAAGAUAUUUUUGAGGAUGAUAUAUUUGCUACGGAAGCAAUGAAACCCUCUCAGAAAACCAGAGAGAAGGAGAAAACAUUGGAAUCUAAUUUAUUUGAUGAUAACAUUGAUAUCUUUGCUGACUUAACUGUAAAACCAAAAGAAAAGUCCAAAAAGAAAGUUGAAGCCAAGUCUAUAUUUGAUGAUGAUAUGGAUGACAUCUUCUCCUCUGGUAUCCAGGCUAAGACAACCAAACCAAAAACCCGAUCUGCACAGGCCGCACCUGAACCAAGAUUUGAACACAAGAUGUCCAACAUCUUUGAUGAUCCCCUGAAUGCCUUUGGAGGCCAGUAGAGCACACAGGGUAUCCACAUGUUACCCUGCAGCUACAUUGUUGAGUUAGUGAUGAUGUCGUAUAUGCUCAUGGUCUUAACUAGAUUACAAAAAGCAAAUACUAGAACAGCUAGCUCAUCUUUUUCCCAAUGUACUUAGUAUUUUCCUGCACUGGUUUAAUCAUACUUAAUACGAUAAAACAAAAAUAAAUAUUUCACAGUGGUUGGUUUGUUUUGUUUUUAAACCGCAGUUUGAUUUAGUUACCCUUGCUGGGGCCAUAAUAUGCUUCAGGGUGUGUAAAAGACUAAAUCUCUCCUUGUGGCUUUCAUGGGUAGGCAGGGAAUCUCAGAGGUAGCAAAUGCCACCUGACCAGAAGUCUUUUGUUAUAUGGAUGGGAACCCUAACUUAGGGCCUGGGCAGGGGAAAGAGAAAGAAGAUGAGAGUUUAUACUUCAUGAGUCUUAGCAAUAUGGGAGCAGGUUUCCACUGAAAUCUGAGGGUGCCUCUGCAUGUCCUCCAAGGCAAAGUUUGGCUAGCUAUGGCCCCCCCACUGUCAUAUUUUGUUAAUAAAAUUUUAUUGGAACACAACCACA